CAGGUAAGUCCGUCUCGUCUGGGCUCAUCUGCCGCCAUCGGGCCUCCCGCCUCGCGGGGCGCCCCCGCGGGCAGGCGGGCGGGCGCGGGCCGAGGUACGGUAUCUCAGUCGCUGUCUUAUUCCCGCUGCCCGCAGCCAUGGCCCUGCGCUACCCCAUGGCCGUGGGCCUCAACAAAGGCCACAAAGUGACGAAAAACGUCAGCAAGCCGAGACACAGCCGCCGCCGCCGCGGGCGCCUCACCAAGCACACCAAGUUCGUGCGAGAUAUGAUCCGGGAGGUGUGCGGCUUCGCGCCCUACGAGCGGCGUGCCAUGGAGCUGCUCAAGGUGUCCAAGGACAAGCGAGCACUCAAGUUUAUCAAGAAGAGGGUGGGCACGCACAUCCGGGCCAAGAGAAAGAGGGAGGAGCUGAGCAACGUGCUGGCAGCCAUGCGGAAGGCGGCGGCCAAGAAGGAUUGAUGACCCCUCCCCCAAUAAAAGAUGGUUCUUAAAAAAAAAAAAAAAAAAAAAAAAAAAAAGAAGG